CCCCCCCCCAAUCAAUUACAUAGUCUUGUACACUGUAAGUUAUGGUUCUUCAUUCUAUUAUCAUUUCUAAUAACAAAAAUGUCUUUUUGGGUUUUGUCAACUAGCCUAAGUGUUUAGCUGUUCAAAUUUCGAUGGUAUAUCAUAUAAAUUUAUAAUUUCACAUACUAUAUUUCAGUAUCUUAGUAUCUUACUAUACAAUAUUGUAUAGUCUAAAUAUGAAAAAUAUUUGCCCAAAAAAAACCUUUCCAGACAAAAAAAAAUUGGGUUGAUAUAUUUUGACAGGAAACCCGGGGUGAUAUUUCCCGUAAUGCGAACCAGGACAAACAAAGUGUCAAACCAAUACUUUCAUAAUCCAUAGGUAUUGUUUAUUUGUCCAAUCACGUUGAAAAACAUGUUUACAACAUUGAAAAAAAGGGAGGACGCAGAUAUAGAAAGAAAAACAAGAAGCCAUUUAUAACGUUAAGCGUGUAGAGAAAAAGUGAUGCGAACAAAAAUAUUUUUUUAACAAAAGAGAGAGACAAAAGAGAUGUUAAGAAAAUGACUUUUGCUAUACCGUAGGCCACAUUAUAUGCAUCCCUCUUUGACUUCUUAUCCUCCCAUGAUCUCUCCUUUGUUCACAUCACAAACAAUUCACAUCAAUACAACCAAAAACCAAAAACUUCACAAAAAGUAGCCAAAAACAGUUUACUUUGUUUUAGGACUAUACGUUAAAGCGUUAUAUACAAUGGAUAUUUGGAACUUGUAGAAAAUUUGCUAUCAAUGCAAGUCAUACACAUAAGAAAAUUUGCUAUGAACGCAAGUCAUACACAUAAGAAAUCAAGAUAGUCAGGACUAUAAAGUAUAAACUUCUGGAUUCUUAGCUUUUUUAUAUAUUGCUUCAGUUGAAUAAACUAGGCUGGAUAGUUUUGGAAUAUAUAUGGGCCAUUAGUGAGCCAAUACUUAUAUCAAUCUUCACUAUGCCUCUCAACUAGGGAUGAAUAGUUUUCGAAAACGGGUUGGGACUCACCAGGCCCGGAAAUGCACGUGUUAGUUUUUUUCAUCGAUGUGUUAAACUUAAAUGCUUAAUGUCGUUCGGUGAGGCCCAAAUGGCCGAAAGCAUCAUCCGCGUUGGUCUCACCGAUGCAUGGAAGGUCACUGUCGCACCAAAUGUGAACACGUGUACUGUUAACACUGACGUGUAUCUGUUGAGGUUGAGGCUUAUUUAAACGAGGAAGAAAAAAACAAGAACAGAGUUCAAAUACUUAAAACAUGACUGCAUCAAAGGAUGGUGCUAGUUUCACCAACAUCUCUGUAGAGGAGCACUUUAGGGUCUCUCAAUCAAAUCACGGUGGACAGUUUGUAGGUCCCACAGAAGAAAUUUCCACGGCGGCUAAUGCCCUUAUCGGGAGGUCGGCGAGAUUGACGGAGGCUCUCAAAGCAGCAUCCAUUAACGUCGGCCACAAGCCUGUGGAAACCAGAGACUUAGCUGCCAUAAAAGAGGUGGAAGCUAGAGCUACCGGAGAGAGCGGCGGUAGUAUAACAGCCGUGGCAAAUGAGGCGGUUGCUCGUAACAAAAAGAUAGGUAAAGAAGAUGAGAAUAAGAUUCAUCUGCGCGAUAUUAUCGCGGAGAUUGAUGUGAAGAUAACAAGAGAUAGAUCAGUAACAAGUGAAGACGCGGAAGCAGUGGUUCAGGCUGAGCUCACUCAUCCUCCCUAUAACCAUGUUAUUCCUGGAGGCGUCGCUGAGUCUGUCACUGCAGCUUAUAGAUUAAAUCGCAGUCCCUCUCUAUGAUAUUAAUUUGCAAUAUCUAUAUAACGGUUACAUAUUAUAUAUGGUCUAAUGACUUUUAUUGCCUCUCUUCUGUUGCACAAAAUGAACUAUAGGAAAGCGCACAACAACUAUCUUUACCAUAAACAACGAACUGAGACAUCAAAACUUAAGCAUAUGAACGAACUGCGACAUCAAAACUUAAGCAUAUUCACAACUAUUUUUAGGGUGAAGAUAUUGCAACUAUCUGCCAGUGUAAAGAUAUUUGCAGUUCUGAAUCUUAGAGAGGUAGGUGUGCAACUCUUUUUCUAUUAAACGGUUGCAUGGUGAUUGAUAGAAUAACCAUGUUUGUCUCCAAUUUAUUUUCUUUCCAUUUGGUCCCUGGCUUUGAAUAGUCACAAAAACUUACAAACGGGAUCCCCCGAAGAGAGUUUGAGACGACUUGUGUAAACUAGUGAGAAGGAUGGUAGAUGGUACAUUGUUAAAUUAGAGGGGAAGAAGUGAGUCAAUAAUAAUUGAUGGACUUGUAUCGUUAUUCUUCUUUUCGGUAACAAUAACUAUAUAAUUACCUCAUGAUUGAAAAAUAUUAAAAUUACGUUUUUUCCAUUAAACAAGAAUAAGAAGUUACACCAAUCAUCCAACCAACAAAAACAGAACAAAGCAUGAUGUCCAAAACCUAACUAUCAUUCGACUUUCUACGCAUCUCACGUCAAUCCAACAACAUAAAGAAAGGCCAAAAUGAUUAAGAACACAAACACUAGGAAACAAAACCAUUGUGGAGGAAGAACAAACUGGAGGAUCCAUCAA